AUGGCAUUCGUAUAUGUGAACUGCUACCACUGUCCGGGUUUAUGUCCCCAUCGACAAUCUGAUCCACCGGCCACGCCAAUCCACCAAUCGACGGAGCCCAUGGCUCCAUAUUCUCUUUUUCAUCACCCAAACCCACUUCUAGACCACCGACAGGACAUGACGUCGACAGCCAACUCCGGUGCAUGGUCGUAUCACCCCAGCGCCAUAAACCAUUACUCCAUGCAGCUUUACUCCCAACCAAAAGCUCAAAGCCGCCGAGGUUUAAUAGAAAUUGACCCGUUUCGAGUUGAUCCAAUGGCUCUAUCAGCUGCAGGCUUGUUGGCGCUUCCUCCCAAUUUCCCCCCGCACGCCGACUCCAUCCGUGCUGAAAUAUUCUCGCAAAAAAAAAAAUCUCAUCACACAGAUCCUAUAACUGUGCUAGAUUUUUUUCGGCAGAAAGUUAUUUCUGCACAUGGGGGAAAUAUGGAGCAAGCGCCAACAACAUUCUCUUACGCGAGAGCCACCAACUUUACUCAUCUUAUUCCUACUCACUUCGGUGUUUCUGCUCCCCGCAUCCAAACACAAGCGGCCAAGGUCGCACACUUGGUUAGAGAGUACCGCCUUCGUCAAUGUUGGGGAGACCAGCAGCCGCCAGGACAGCAAGAAACAUGGAAACAUGGGCACUGCGCAGAAAAUCAAUCGCUCCCUUCCGUGGUUGCACGUUGCGAAGAGCUCGGCCUUGAAAACGUCAGGAAAUUUCACUGGGUGCUCUUUGACGGCUUCACAAGUUCGCGAUCGCCCAUAGUUAUCAACACUUCGGCCACCCCGAUUCUCCACCUUAUAUUUUUCUACAAUGUCCGGUCAGGUUCGGGCCAAUCCCCCAUCGGCAAAACAGUAGGUCCAUCUUUGGGUGUCUUUGGUGUAGAUGCAAAGACACCAAAGAUGCAAAGACACCAAAGAUGCAAAGACACCAAAGAUGCAAAGACGUGA